AUGACUGGAUCGGACAGAUCGAGACGUCGUGGUCGAGUUCGACGGAGUAGCAGUAGCAGCAGUUGCGAUUCGUGCGGAGGUGGUGGACGCCGCGUGGCCGCUACUCGCGCCCGUGUUGCGCCACCUAUAUCGGGGACAAGGAAGGAGAAGGAUAAUGAGGAAUUCCUGUUCCACUCUUUCUGGAUCUUCGCGUUUGCCUCAUCGCUUGUUCUCGCCCCUGCGUCGAUAACUAGGAAGUCCCUAAUCAACACAUUUGAUAGUUACGAUAUCCACUUCAUGAUGUACGACGGACUGAUUGAUUCAGAUGAUUUGAACUGUUUCAAGAUGCGACCACUGGGUGUUAGGUGGAGAGACGAAGCUGCCUUGGCACGCAUCGCUUACAACUACACUGAACAUGCAGAUUAUGGCGGCAGGGUAACAAUGAUGCCAAUUGUGACAGAGCGACCGCGUGCUCAUCUGGUCCGUGUUCCCGGACAACUCGUCCCUACGACUUCCACUGCCCCACCAGCACCUUCACAUGAUGAUCCAUCACUGGAGGAUCUUGAACUAAUAGACGUUCUCUGGCGCAGCGAUAUUGCAGCCGAGAAAGGUGCCAGACAGUUGGAACCAGCUGAACAGUACGAACGUGACUUGCAGCUUCUAACUGAGAAAAGUGUGCAUGCGCCAUUGUCUGCUGAAGAAUCGUCGCGCUUUGAGGAUCUAUCGAAAGUUUAUUUCGAAGAUUUCUACGCCGCUCCGUACGUUUUGCGUCCUGGAGCCAAAGGUACACCUCAACCAAAUACAAGAUCUGAACAGACGUUUGAAUUCGAAGAAGAUCAGUCGAAUAAACGCGAACUACGCACACCAACUGACGAAGACCUAGCCGACCUUCUUGCUGACGUCUCUAAGGAAGGUGGUCAGCUUGAUCGUUUGACUUGCGCCGGAGUGUGUCCACCAUCUGAGUUGGAACCCUUACCACUGGUGAAUAACGUUAGCCUUUCCGAAGGAAUUGUAUUCACCUCCCAGAACGUGUCUGAGAUGUCUAUGAUGCAAGAACAACGUCAAGCAGCGCUGGCAUCCAUUAUGGCACCUCCAGCUCCUGCAACGCUGUAUAAUGACACCACGAUUCCGAAUUUAUGGGUCCAACAAGCAGAAAUGUCGCCCAGUGAUAUUUAUCCGAACAACGGCUAUAUGUCGUUUCACAACGAUACAGGCGUGCAAGUGAUUUCAACAGGGAGCCAGUACGAUCAUCAGUAUCUCAGUAAUGUUCCUGCUGAUCAAUGUGAUGAGAACAAUGUGAGUCGAACGGUUCCUUUCUAUGAUCCGUAUUAUUCGGCCAGGACCACUUCUUUCAGCAAUGAGUCUUCGUCUGUCUGUUCCUCUUCAUCCACUGCUGCAUCACCACAUUAUCACAGUGAGACCGAAAAUUAUAGUCCUCAUGCCAGCAGAUAUUUUGGAAAACUGGCACCUCGAGAAAUUGAAGAUCCUUCGGUAUAUCCACGAACAGUUUGUGGUUCGAAUGGUGAUAAUGGUGUAGGCGCAGCUUCUAAUGCUCCUAUUAUACCACGGCGACGUGGACGUCAGUCAAAAGAUGAGCAGCUAGCAGCUGCGAACCGACUGCCACUGUCGGCUCGGGAAAUCUCCGAAAUGACUCUUGGAGAGUUGCAUAAGGUGCUCAAGAACGAGGAUCUAACCGAGUAUCAGAAGCAACUCAUCCGUAAAAUUCGUAGGAGAGGAAAGAACAAGGUGGCAGCUCGCACUUGCCGUGAACGACGCGGUGAACGUCAGCGAAAUCUGCGCGAACCCGAGCUUUCAUGGAAUGUUCCGACGCAGGCGCCUGAACCAGCCUACCAGAUCCAUCUCACGCGGAAGCCAGUGGCCGAUGUAACAAAACAUGCGUCGAUCGGCUAUGACCGGUCUGAGCCGAGACCGUAUAAAAGCUCGAGCGUGGGACUUACCCAACAUCGAAUGGAAACAAUGCAUUCAGCUAUUGCAUUCGCAUUAGCACUUCUAAGCGCACUAUCUGAACAGUCCCUACUCACCCGUGUGCAACGACAGUGUCCAUGUGCUGAUCUGGUUAUGAAUCCAUGCUUUUGCCAAGCUGGUAUCACGCCUCGCUGCACCUGUAUAACAACUGCUCCAUCGUCAUCGUGCGCUUGUAGCGCACGAGCACAAAAUUCGUUGUGUCUCGCUUCUUGUCAAGAUAUUUGCAUCCAUACAUGCUCACUCAAAAACAAAUAUCCAACAUGCCCAUCAUCUUGUCGCCAUGUAUGCACUCAAGCUUGCAUUCCUCAGCACGUAUCAGCAGCACUACUGACCCCAUAUUGCCCUCAGCUCUGCAAACAGUCCUGUCAGCGAACAUGCGCUGAUCAGUUCACCUCCGCUGCUUGUGUUCCGCUUUGCGAACAGUCGUGUCGGCAAAGGUGCGCGGCUGCGAUGCCUGGCAUCACAGAGAAACAAACGAUGAUUCAGUCGGAAUCAGCUGCUCCGGUUCAAGGUCUUAGUCCAUCUGAGUGCACAUCUUCAUGUAUCCCACCCUGUACGCAGUGCAUUCAAGACCAACUAAUUUACCAGAUUCCUGGCGCUGCCCAUCAAUGCCCAAAUGCUUGUAUGCCAAUCUGCGAAUGGCAAUGUAUUCUAGAGCAUGAAGCACAAGUAAUUCAAGAAGGAGAGGCGCUCCGUUUACUUCCACAGCCAGAGCAACUCAACUGCAUCGCUCCAUGUAUGCCAUCGUGCACACCACAGUGUAUUGAAGAACAAGAGCUACUCACGAAUCAAGUAUCCCUUCCGAUUUAUUUACAGCCAGGUAUAGGUCCGCGAUGUGUGACCCCCUGCCGACCAACUUGCACUCCUCAAUGUGUGCGAGAGCAACAACUACUUGAUGACAAACAAAUAUUGGAGAAUCUACCAACUACUUCACCUCAAACACAACCUCAAUGUAUCCCGCAGUGUAUGCCUGCCUGCGCAUCUGAGUGUAUUCUGGAACAAACGCAACUUCCAGAAGCGAAGGAACUGACAGAAUCAUCCGCUUCAGCGCCAGUUGGACUUCAAAACACAACUCCUUGCGCGCCACAGUGCUCAGAUAGACAAGAACUCGCUACAAGUGAUCCGUUCAGCAUAGACACCAAUUCACCACCUCCAUGCAUCGAUGCAUGCAUGCCAAACUGCGAAGCUCAGUGUAUUUUGAAUCAGCAACAAAUCCUUGAACAGUCUGUCAGUGAAGAACAAUUAAUUUCCGCAGAGUCCUCAACUUCAGCGAUUGAAUACUCGAGCUCUUCGGGUACGUCAGAGCAACCGCAACUUGAAGUACAGUACUCAACAAUGUCAACAUCAACACCUGCUCCAUCUGAACCACUUUGCGAAGUUGGAUGUCAGCCAACAUGCACACAAUGCAGUCAACAGCCGCAAGGAUUCUCAAUUCCACCACUCCAAGUUGAAAUCAUUAUGGAAGAUAUCACUGAGGUAUGA